AUGGAUCCAUCCUCUGCACUCCAGGAGCUUGCUAUUCAGGCGUCCCGAUACAGCAUCAAUCUAAAUGGUGAAAUCAGUCUCAAUCAGGGCAAGAUACCUCUGUGGGGCAGUACUGCCAUUGUUUACAAAGGUACUUUGACUCGGGGUGGUAUGGAAGUGGCAGUCAAAACCUUCCAUGGCACACCCCCUGGGGAUCUAGAUCCUCUCAAGCAUAUCCUUCGAGAGGUCCACCUUUGGUCAAAGCUCCGUCAUGAUAAUGUUGUCCACAUGAUUGGGAUUUCUAUGGAAUUCGGCUUCAUGAUUUCGAUAGUAUCUGAUUGGAUGUCAUUGGGCGAUGCCCAUUCUUAUGUUCAAAAGAAGGAGAAUGAUUCUCGCCCAUUGCUCAUGGAUAUCGCAAACCUGAAAGGUCUUAAUGUACUGGUGUCCAGUGAUCAUCGAGCACUACUUAGUGACUUUGGUCUUUCCACCCUCCAAAAAUCUACCUUCAGCAUGAUGGUUGUUGCUCCUCACAGAGCAUCGUACCCUUGGAUGGCUCUGGAGCUCCUGGAUGACUACAAUGCAUCUACAGAAGGGGAUGUGUGGGCAUUUGGAAUGACUGUUUUGGAGUUGUUUACUCGACUAAUGCCUUUCCAUGAUUGUCUGCAUUUUGCCAAUGUGAUGCAUAGGUUAGUGAUGGGACGACUGCCGCUUCGUCCCUCUGAGGAAUCCACCCUUUCCCACAUGCCAGAUGCAUGGUGGGAAAUAUGCACAUCGUGCUGGCAACGUGAACCUUCAGCACGUCCCUCAAUGAAGGACCUGAUGGAGACAGUCAAGGGAGCUAUGUACCAAGCUGGUUCUGUUUUGAUGCCUCCAAAAGCCUCUCUCCCCAUAGUGCCGUUCUCAAAAGAUGUCAUGCCACAUCUGUCGCCCCUUCGAGAUAAUCAACCUUGGUGA